AUGACGUAUCCUGUCUGCACGAACCGGGUGAGCAGAGAUCUGGUCCUCUGCAUGGCAAUGAGCUGUGAUGUAAAGAUGGAGUUUGUUGAAGAGGAGAAUGAUGACGAUACAUGCCAUCAGUGUGGAAAGAGCUUCACAAGCUUAAUACGUCACAUAAGGAUUCACACCGGAGAGAAGCCGUAUGUGUGUCAGCACUGUGGAAAGAGCUUUAUAAGUCAAGGAACGCUUGGCACUCACUUAAAGUCUCACAGUAAUGAGAAACCAUUCAAGUGUCCUCAGUGUGAAAAGAGUUUCAGACGUAAAGACCUCUUCAGUCGUCACAUGAGAGUUCACAGUGAAGAAAAGCCUUUCUCAUGUCCUCAUUGUGAGAAGUGUUUUUCAACUAAAACCCACCUUCAUACUCACUCACGAAUUCACACCGGAGAGAAGCCUUACACAUGUGAUCAGUGCGGAAAGAGUUACAAAUGGUCAAAUAGUCUCAGAGUUCAUAAACUCCUUCACUCCGGAGAAAAGCCAUUUAAGUGUGAUCAGUGCGAUAAGAGGUUUGUUCUGGAAUCACAACUAAAGGCCCACAUUAAAAAAACUCACACAAAAGAGAAGCCUUACUUGUGUUCUGUUUGUGGAAAGAGGUUUUCAUGGCGGCGCUGUUUUAAAGAACAUCUAAAAAUCCACUCUGGUGUGAAAGAGUAUUUGUGCGCAGAUUGUGGAAAAGCCUUUAUUACAGCCACUCAGCUGAAAGUGCACCGCAGGAUCCAUACUGGAGAAAAACCUUACAAGUGCUCACAUUGUGAGAAGAGUUUUGGACAGUUAGGAGGCCUGCAAAACCAUGAGAGAAUCCACACUGGAGAGAAACCAUUCCAGUGCCAUCAGUGCGGCAAGAGAUUCGGAUAUUAUAGAGCUGCACAGAUGCACAGAAAGAAGCAUUGCCCAAAAUUAAAGUCGAUAUGACUGGAGAAACAAGACCUUAAGAGCUCAAGGAAUUAAAAAGUGCUACCUUUUUUGUGAUUAUUGUUUCACUCUAUCCUGUUAUCCUGGUUCUCUUCCUAUCUUACAAAUAGACAAUACUACAUUGCUAUAAACAAUUAUAACUCCUCCACUGCUUUACUUAGACAGGGUGUUCCCCAGGGCUCUGUUCUCGGCCCAUUACUGUUUAUUAUUUACAUUAUGCCCCUUGGACAUAUUAUUCGUCAUUAUGGUUUUCAUUAUCACUGUUGUGCUGAUGAUAUUCAGAACCGUUACAGUUAGGAGGCCUGCGAAACCAUGAGAGAAUCCACACUGGAGAGAAACUGUUCCA